AUGGCUACCAGACGAACCUCGAAGGGGGAGGAGAAGAUAACCGAGAAGGAGGAGGAAACCGCUGCCAUUGUUCCUGUUGUCAGCCCCAAGAAUGACACCAAAGGUCCCGCUGUCCCCGGAUCUGUCAUUGCGAAGCUUCUACUAUUUACUCUAGCAAUGGUUGUCGCUCCUCUGGGUUCCUACUUCUUGACGGUGAACACCGUCUUCAGUGGAAACACCACGUUUGCUGGGGCUACGGCAGCGGUUGUUGCGAACGUUGUCCUGAUCACAUAUGUCCUAGUGGCUAUGGCGGAGGAUACUAAGGAGCAGGGGGAAGCGAAGAAAUCACAAUAG